UUUCCACCCCCUCUAUAUAUGUAUGCACUCCAAUCGCAUAAUUCCAUUCACAACCAGUGGAAAACAACACACUAACUACACUGCCUACACACAGUUGUAGCAAAUCAUGGCCGCAAUUGGUUUAUUCUUGUUAGUAGCUCUACUUCUGGCUUCCUCUGCCGCUGCCUGCGAUCGCUGCGUGCACCAAUCAAAAGUCGCCUUCUUCUCCAAAGCUCAAGCUCUUCAAUCUGGAGCUUGCGGCUACGGCUCUCUGGCAAUCGGAUUCAACGACGGCCGCAUCGCAGCGGCAGCUCCGUCCAUUUACAAAGACGGAGCUGCCUGCGGCGCUUGUUUUCAAAUUCGAUGCGACGAUAAGAAAAUAUGCAGUGAAGAGGGGGCGACGGUGGUGGUGACGGACCGGAAUCACGACAACGCGACCGACUUGGUCCUCAGCAGCCGAGCUUUCGCGGCGAUGGCCAAUAAUGGAAUGGGGCCUCAGCUUCUCAAACUUGGCCUCGCUAAUGUCCAGUAUCGGAGGGUGCCAUGUGACUACAAGAAGAAGAACAUGGCAGUCCGGGUAGAGGAAUCGAGCCAGAAGCCACACUAUUUGGCAAUCAAAUUACUAUAUCAAGGAGGCCAAACCCAAAUCGAAGCUAUGGACGUUGCUAAGGUGGGGACUCCAAAUUGGAAUUUCAUGGGAAGGAAUUAUGGGGCAGUCUGGGACACGAGUAGGGUUCCAGAAGGCGCGUUGCAGUUGCGGUUUGUGGUGACAGCGGGCUUCGAUGGUAAAAUGUAUUGGGCUAAAAGCGUGCUUCCAGCUGAUUGGGUCAACGGCGCGAUUUAUGAUUCCGGAAUCCAGAUUACUGAUAUCGCGCAAGAGGGUUGUGCGAUUUGUGAUGAUGGCACUUGGAAACAUUAAACCAAUUAUAUUUACAUCACUGCUUUAAUAGUUGGAUGAGUAGAAAAUUAACAGUACUUAAACAUAUAUUUUAUGAGUAUUCAUUUGGAAUGCAUACAUUUUCUUUUUGGA